AUGACGUGCUCUUCAAUUCGCUUUUACAACCUUCGUCUUGAUCCAGUUCAUGCACACAUCAAGUCAAGCACCAAGAUCAAGAAGAAAGAGCCUCAGAACAUGGAAGCUUGGUCUUCGCUCAAACGGAAUGGUGUGGAGUUGGGUCAAAAGACGCUUUUCACCACCGUCAAGGAUGAUAGAGUUUCCCUAUCUGAAGGAUACAUCCCACUACUUGUGAACCUCACCGUUGAAGACAAGGCAGCCAAAGGUUUGCGGAAGCACAAAGGUGGCAAUACGAGAGAGGAGGCAGUCUACGUCUCUGCGUUCGAAGCCGUAAGAGACAAUCAGUUCUUACUUCUCACUGGCAAAAGUGGUUCAGGAAAGACGACAUUUGCAGAGUACCUGAAGGACAGGGACGCUAUUCUUCGGAAUGAAGGCGGCGAGAGACGAAAAGAGAUAUUGAGUGGGCUGAGAACGCUGCCAUUGCUCGUCACAAUCAUCAAUACGCAAGACCUUGCAGAUGUUGAUGGAAAGCUGCCGGAGAUUCUUGAAUCUUGGGAUAGCAGAAAAAAGGAAAGCGAAGAUGAGGAACUGCUUUUGAUACUGGAUGGUAUCGAAAGCGCAGGGCCCGAAGGUAUGACGCAUCUCGCAUCUAUAGCCAGCGCUAUUACUCCAAGGCCGCUCGUUAGGCUGCUCGUCCUGGGGACAGACGAUGAUAGCCAAGACUGGACCCUGCCAAGCGGCUUCUCAAAGCUCGAGCUACUACCGCUCCUGGCCAUUCAAAGACACGAGCUCGCUCGAAAGCUGUGUCUGGACACAACAUUUGGUUCUGGAAACGCCGCUUCGAGACCAGCUAUAUUUGCCUUAUCCCUAGUAGCCGGACGUGUUGGGGAUACAAGCGAAUCAGCAUUGGAUGCUUGGCUAGAUCAUGGGUUUUCAUCGCUCGAGACGCGCCAAGUUCUUUUACAAACUGCGCGGGAGGAAUGGACAGAUCAGCGGCACAGUCAGCUCAAUCUCCUGGCAAAGACGACUCAAAAAUGGCCAUUCGUCUCGUGUGCCGCAGUUCAAGUACUCUUGGAGAUACUGAAGGUUUUUGACCAAGAUGCCAAGUCGGCAAUGCCCAUUGGAGAAAAGCAGGAGAAGUUGAUACAUGAACUUCUAAACCGGCAUGAGUCUGACCUUAGUGGCGAGAAGGCUCAAUAUGCUGCACUUAUCGCCUGCGGGUUCACAGACCCAGAAAAUAUACCACUUGUCACCCAAGUCGUCGAUCUUCUACUGAAGGUGAUCAUGCUUGGAACCCUCCCUGUAUCUCAUCGGGUCAAAGCCGGUCGCUACCUCUCCUUGUUUGGAGAUCCACGCGAUCUGCUAGGCUUGGUUGAAAUCCCAGAAGGCACAAGCCUUUUUGGGUCGUCCAACCAUCCGAAUUCCAGUCCUCCUCAUGAAAUUCAUCUUGGUUCAUUCAAAAUUGGCGCGUUUCCAGUUGUGAACCGAGACUAUGGAGACUUUGUGCAGCAGACAGGUCGUACUUGGCUGAGCCAAGAUGGCUAUGAUCCCUUUUUGCGGAACACACCGGCAACAGAUCUCACAUGGCAUGACGCCAGGGCAUACUGUCAAUGGCUCACUCCGAAAUGGAGGGAAACGAGUAAAAUAAAACCCAACGAAACCGUACAACUACCUUCGGAGCCCCAGUGGGAGAGAGCAUCAAGAGGAGAUCAGCGCGAGUCACAGACAGGGCAGAACAUCUAUCCAUGGGGCACCAAUUUCGCUACGAGUCUAUCAAACUGCGAAGAACUAGCGCUGAACAAUAAAUGUGCCGUCGGUCUAUUUCCCCAGUCCUGCUCACCAUUUGGCUGCUACGACAUGACAGGCCAAAUGGCGUCUCCAACGUUUGAAUACCCGUGGAAAAGUCCAGACGGUCGUGAGGAUCUCGAAGCAGACGAUGCAAUCCGGAGAGUUUUGCGAGGAGGGUGCUUUUCGAGUGGUCAAGCCAAGGCGACGUGCACUUAUCGCGGGAGUCUUGAGCCGACUGGGUUUUGGAGGGGCAAUGGGUUCCGUAUCUUGUCGAGUCCCGAGGACCUAGUUCCUCUUGCCAGGAGUGACGAGCCAAUUUAUGUCAUUCUCACCAGUUCCAACGAUGAGGAAACCGGUGCACCGUGGUGCUCCGACGUUCGAGCUGCCUUACCAUUCCUGAAAGAGACAUUUGAUAAGCCGGAAGGGCCCAAGGCUAUUUACGAGAGCGUUGGUCCCCGGCCUGGGUGGAAGAAGCCGGAUAACCCACACAAGCUCACGUGGAACAUAUCAGCUAUUCCAACUGUAAUUAGGUUCGAACUUCGAGAUGGAAAGACAGAGGAGACGGGUAGGCUUACAGAGGUUGAGGUUUAUGAGGAGGGGAAAUUACAGAACUUCGUGUUGAAGUCUGUGUAG